AUGGAGGGCCAUAGCGAGCUCUUGGGCCAAUCGCUUCGUCUGUUUCUUCGCCAUUGUAAUCCAAAGAAAUGUGAACACUCCGUUCGAAAAGCUGGCGAAAUGUUGGAGGCUCUCCGGUCAGACUUUGGCUUAGCUGCCACAGACACUCCGACUGCUUGGUCAACUGGCACAGAUACAGCUGGCACGGCUGGCACGCUCCUUCCAGGUCAACAGGAGGGCUGGACCCUCAAACUGCUUGGACUGCAGGGUGAGGCGAAGGUACUGCGCAACCUGCCUUGCCAAAUCACCUUCGGCACCUUGCAUGAAAAGAUUCGAGAGGUCACUGGAGCCAAGGAUCAAGGGUGUGAUGUGAAGCUGAUGCUGAAUGGUACAGUGCUUCAGCACAGCAGGGCGACGGUUCUCAGUGACAUGAGUCGAUGCAACGGGAUGGAACUGACAUACCUCAUGCAGCCCAUCGUUCCCCAUCUUGGCCGGAUGUUGGCCCCCCUACAAUCCUUGCCUCGAAAAAGUCGCAUUGACCCAGAGGCAUUGAUGAGAGCGUACGAGACCAGCUACAACCAGCAGCGCCGCAGCGUCCAAUGGGCCGUUGAGGCCGCCCGGGCGCGAGAGGAGCGACUGACGCAGCUGAUCUCUCAGUCUCCAGAGGGAUCCAUGUGGAAUCUCAGCUGCCUCGGCAGCCGACCGUUUGCGGCUGCAGCGCAACAAGCUGUGCUUCGAGAAGAGGAGGAGAUGAAUAUGCCAACCCAGGUACUUCCUGGGGUGUACUUUGGACACAUGGAGCCGCCGAAUUUGGGAAGGCUCCCAACAUCCAGACGCAUCUCCCAUUUGCAGCAAGUGGAGCAGCGCAAAAUACGAGAAGACACAGUGGAGCAAAGAGACCGCUACCAGAUUUCAGAUGAGGACGUGUUGCUUCCUCCCCCGUUGGAUCCACGACUCGCUGGCAUUCAAUCAACGAUGCCGCUGCCGCCACGACGGGACUCCAGUUCCAUAAAGCCACGGAGCACUGCCCAUCGAAAGGCUGCUGUGGCGACGUGGGAUGCUAUCAAAGAGGUCAGCGAGCAGAAGGUGCUCAGCAAGGAAGAGCAGGACAGGUUGAAAGAAGAGAAGGUUGCCUAUGAUGACUGGAGAAGGCAAGUGAUGGUUUGCACCCGGCUCUUGAAUACCCACAUCAACCGUUUCGAGACGGAUCCAGUGAAAGCAGGGCCGCAGUAUGUCUUCUGA